GAGAGAGAGAGAGAGAGAGAGAGAAUGGGGAGAGCUCCAUGUUGCGAUAAGGCAAAGGUGAAGAAAGGGCCCUGGUCUCCUGAAGAAGACGCUAAGCUCAAAGACUUCAUUGACAAGAAUGGCACUGGCGGUAACUGGAUUGCUCUCCCCCAAAAAGCUGGACUAAAGAGAUGCGGGAAGAGCUGCAGAUUGAGAUGGCUGAAUUAUCUGAGACCCAACAUAAAGCACGGCGAGUUCACCGACGACGAAGACAGAAUCAUCUGCAGCCUCUAUGCCACCAUUGGGAGCAGGUGGUCAAUAAUAGCAGGCCAAUUGCCAGGAAGAACUGAUAAUGACAUCAAGAACUACUGGAACACCAAGCUCAAGAAGAAGCUCAUGUCUAUGAUGCUCCUUCCUCCUCCACCUCCUCCUCCUCCUCCGCCGCCUCCGCCGCCUUCCUCCAAGCACAUGAUGAUGAGAGCCUCCUCGUCGUCGUCGUCGACACUUCCGGGGACUCUCCUCCUUCACCAGAACCCAUUCCCAUUUUCCGGGCUUGACCACACCCUCUCCCUCCACCACUACUAUGAUUGUUUCAUGUAUGAUAUGAUGAACAACAAUAAUAAUAAUCAGGGUUUGCUGAAUCCCAUGACAAUGGGGCAGCAGUACAAUCAUCAUCAUCAUCAGGUGUUUGGGGGUGACCAGGGGAGUGGUGGGUCCUCGUCUGAUGGGAGUUGCGGCCAAAUCAGCUACGACACACCCAAAGUUGAUCCUCUCAAGCAACACUCUGACCAUACCAAUAAUAAACACCUCAUGACCAUGCUGCACCACCCCGGUUUCCAAGGCGGCGGCGGCGGUGCUGACAAUCAGAUUGUGAUGUCGUCGUCGUCCUCGGCAGCACCGGGCCCGGCAGCGUACCCGAUGGACGUUCACCGGGCCCACGAGAACCGCCACCUCGUGACGAUGAGCAACGAAGCCGGGAUAUUCUGGAACAACAACAACGACAACAAUGCUGCCGAUGAUGGUCUGCAGUUGCAGUACGAUCUUGAUCUUGUUACGGACCUCGUGACUAGCAACAAUGAGGCGUGUGUCGUCGAAGAUGGGGUUAAUCGCACCAUCAACGCGAGCGACUACUUGCUCUUCGAUCACUACGAGAACAAGCGGGACGACGGUCAUAGAGAGAUGUACUUCUACUGAUGAAUCUAUCCUACCUCAACCCCGCGUACGUUUCUCAGACCCUCAGAACGUCCUUUGCGUGUGAUCUGAGGGUCCAAGAAACGUUGACAAGGGGUAGAGGAGAAAAGGGUAAUUGGAACUACAAGUUGAUAAUUAAUCAAUGAAUUGUUUGGCUAAGGACAUGGAAUGGGAGGAGGUGAGGAUAGCUAGCUAAGAAUGAACUAGUGUGUGAUGUAUGUAUUUAAUCUGUGCUUGUCAGUUUUAUUAAUUUCUAUUUUAGAGGAGAAGAAAUUAAGUCAAUUAGUACUAGCCUACUGGCUACAUUAUAAUAUGGAGGAUUAGCUAGAUACUAGCUAGAGGGAGACCGGCCUUCAUUUUCCGAUGCCUUUUUAUUUUUAUUUUGUUGUACUGUGAGUAUUAUAGUCUAGCUAUAUGGCAAUGAAAUUAUUUCUUCUCU